AUGGGUCAAGUCGGCGGUACUGCGACGAGCGGCCGUGGGCUCACGGCGCCGCAGGUGGUGGCGGCGCUGAGGGUAACAGUAGAAGCACAACUGAAGAAAGCGGACGCAGCCGCACCAUCCUCGCAGGCGGCGUCUUGUACUCGUGCCAGCCUAGCUGAGCACUCCAAGGCAAUCAAGCCAGUGGACUGCUGCGCUGUCCAGCGACUCACCGUGCCAUCGACGGACAGCAAGGGAAAGCGGGUGAAGGUACACGUCACCGAGUACGCUCCAAACGUGUUCUCCUUUCUUCGCCAGUUGGAGGGGGUGGCAGAUUCACAUUUCGCCGACGAGUGGUCGUUGCCUGAGGACUGCCUGAGGAUGGAGCUAGGCGAGGGACGCUCUCAAGCGUUUUUCCUCAAAUCAAAGACCAUGGCGUUCAUGUGUAAGACGAUUUCAGUGGAGGAGGUUCGCGUUUUGCUCGAUAUCUUGCACGCUUACAUGCAACACAUUGCUGCUCAUCCAGGGAGCCUCCUCAUGCGUUUUUACAUGCUUCUGAAAGUGUCAGUGCGGAAAGAAAAGGGAUAUAUUUUGUGCUUCAACGACAUCUUCGCGGCCGCCUCCGUGUUGCAUGAAAAGUGGGACAUCAAGGGUCGCAUCCCGAAACCUGGCAAGUCCCUCCGCAACCCGGACUUCCUUCGCCGCGGCAGCGAGCUCAAUCUGCACCUCAUUGAGGCCCAAAAGAAACGCAACGGGAUUGUCAAACCCGUGACCGAUGCGUCUGAGCAGCUCUACAACAGGGAGGAUGGAGUCGUUGUGAAGGAAGCCAAGGGCGCGCAAAGUCCGCCCACGCUGCACGACAAGGACCUGACACGGCUCUUCCUGUUACCACAGAACACACGCAAGCGACUUCUGGAGCAGCUGCUCCGCGACUAUGACUUUCUUAAUAGUGCGGGGAUGAUGGACUACUCGCUGCUCAUCGGCGUCACCUAUCACGAGAACAAAGCACCGCAGUCAGGGAGGCAUUGUAUCAGUGAUAGGAUGAGCAAUUCAGCUCAGCACGACGCCGCAUCUGCAUCAUCUUGGGCCGAGGUGCGGCCUGCCCCCCUUGCAAAGGACAGUCACCUGUCCGACAAGAAGACGAGUCAUUCCGUGACACCGCCAGAGUUCGCAAAUGGCGUGCGCAGCGUUUGCGAGCAGGAAAUCUACUAUGUUGGCAUAAUCGAUGUGCUCACUGCGUACACGAUAAAGAAAAAGGGCGCCAACUUCUUCAAGUCAUUUCUCUGGGAGCAAAAUAUGCUGUCCACUAUCCCACCCGACUACUACGCGCGUCGCCUCACAUCGUUCACAGAGCUGAUUUUCCCAGACGCGAGUGAGGAGUCGCGCGACAGGUAA